UUUGCUUAUAUACUGGUGUGUGACCUCGAACGGUCGUAAAGUGACUACUUUUAUUUUGAAACUUCCAUCUCGUUACAAUAGUCAUGGAACGUAGCUAAGCUAUCGGUAGCAUGCAAGCUAUGUUUAUUUUCCAUUAUUAUUAUUGUUGUUGUUGUUAUUAUUAAUUUUAUUUAGUAAGUGUUUAGUUAUAUUAUUACAUGGUGAAGUGCUGGAAAGUGCAGUAGGCUCUGGUCAUUAAGGGUGAAAAAGAUCUAAAAGAAAGAAAGAAAGAAAGAAAGAAAGAAAGGAGGGGAAGGGGAGAAGGGAAGGAAAGAAAGAUCUAAAAGUAAGUAAGAAAGAAAGAAAGAAAGAAAGAAAGGAGGGGGAAGGGAAGGAAAGAAAGAAAGAAAGGGAAGGUGAGAAGAGAAGGUAAGAAAGAAAGGAGGGGAAGAGGAGAAGGGAAAGAAAGAGAGAGAAAGAAAGAAAGAAAUGGAUAAAUUUGUAGUCCGUAUUUCAAAGAAUGAUGAGGCAAAACAAGGACAACAACACGAGGAGAAAGUGUACAAACAGGCAACAAUAGAGUCUUUAAAGAGAGUCGUGGUGAUCGAGGACAUCGAAAGGUUCAAGUCUAUCUUAGAGUUGCCCGGUCAGACCAAAGAGAACAUACUAAAUGCCCUGACAGAGCUGGACAAGAAAGUCCCUUCCAAAGAAGUCCUCAAGUCUACCAGGAUUGGUCACACAGUGAACACGCUGCGUAAGAAGCACCCAGACCCUGAGGUGAAGUCUUUAGCUCGGCAGGUUUACACACACUGGAGGACUUUCAUCGAGGAGAACACCAACAAGCCGUCACUGGAGGUCCGCUGUGAUAAACAGAGCGAGGAACUGAGGAGCAACGGCAGAAAGAUCCUGGCUAACAGCUUGGGGUUAGAGGCUGAUGCCGCCCUGGUGGACAAUGUGGAGAGGGAAGUGUUUCACCAGUGUUCACGAUUAAUCAGCAGAGCGUACAGGAGGACCGUGAGGGCGCUGGUGUUCGCUCUCAAACACAAACCGGACCUCAGAGCUCAGGUGAAGGACGGCAGGAUCGCUGUUAACGUCCUCGUCAGCAACCACAAGAAGAAACUGUGACGCUGAUAUCAAAGGGACGAUACACACACACACGCACACACACACACACACAGACAUAUACACACGCACACACACACACACACACACAUACACACACACACAGACAUAUACACACGCACGCAAACAUACACACACGCAUACA